UUUCAUAUGGUGCAAAAAGGUGUUCUUUUAGUCAACAGUAGAAACAGGGACUCAGAAUUAUUUCCUUGAGAACAUUGGAUGUUGAGAAAUCGAAACCAUAUCAAGCUUUCGUUUGUCAUGUUGCCAGGACGGGGAGCUACAAGACUGAUUUUGAAAUUGGAGGAGUCUGUGAGAAUACAAAAUACAUGUAAAUCGCUUUUGAGUACCCAAGAUGUUAUGAAAAGAGAAAAAAAAUAUGCAGCUCACAACUAUCAUCCACUUCCGGUUGCCUUGUGUAGAGGAGAAGGAGUUUUUGUGUGGGAUAUUGAAGGAAAACGAUAUUUCGACUACCUCAGUGGAUACUCUGCCAAUAAUUUUGGUCACUGUCAUCCAAAAAUAGUAAAAGCAUUACAAGACCAGAGCGCAGUUCUGCAUCACACAUCCAGAGCAUUUUACUCCGAUAAAUUGGGAGAAUAUGCAGAAGUAAUCACCAAACUUUUUGGAUAUGACAAACUGAUGCCAAUGAACACAGGAGUGGAAGCGGGUGACACGGCUUGCAAAAUCGCUAGAAAAUGGGGAUAUUUGAUGAAGAACAUUCCUCGCGAUGAAGCUAAAAUAAUUUUCGCGGCCAACAAUUUUUGGGGUAGAUCUUUGGCUGCUAUUUCAGCUUCAACAGAUCCUUCCAGUUUUGAGGGAUAUGGACCAUUCUUACCGGGAUUCUCGUGCAUUCCUUAUGAUGAUCUAAGUGCACUUGAGGUAAGUUUUGAACUAUUAUCUGAGCCUGAACUCGUUGAAUUUGAAUAUGAACUUUUUCAAAUCAUCACAUAAAUCAUCAUCUAAGAUUGAUUAUAAAGUAUCAGAGAAUUGUGCACCAAAUACAAUGUUUUAUGGAUUGCUGAUGAAAUACAAACUGGUCUAGGCAGAACGGGUAGAAGAUUGGCCGUAGAUUAUGAGAAUGUGUUACCCGACAUAUUAGUUCUUGGAAAAGCAUUAGGGGGAGGUGUUUACCCCGUGUCAGCUUGCUUGGCAAAUGAUGAUAUUAUGAUGGUUAUUGAACCUGGUACUCAUGGUUCAACCUUCGGAGGUAACCCAUUAGCUUCCAAAGUAGCGAUAGCAUCACUAGAAGUGUUGGAAGAAGAAAACGUUGCCGAAAAUGCUUUGAAAAUGGGAAAUAAAUUCAGAGCCGAACUAAAGAAAAAACUCAAUAGCAAAGUUGUUAUUGAGGUCAGAGGAAAAGGUCUUCUGAAUGCUAUAGUGAUUAACCAAAACAUAAAAGCCGAAGCUUGGGAUAUUUGUCUGAAACUGAAAGAAGAAGGAUUGAUAGCUAAACACACACACGAAUACAUAGUCAGAUUUGCUCCUCCCUUGAUAAUUUCUGAAGAACAACUCGAAGAGUCAAUGGAGAUAAUUAUUCGAACCAUUAAUAAUAUUGGAACAAUUUAGUGCUAAAAUCCAGUAAUUUCGAAAUAGUUUGUUGAAUUUCUAUGAAAUAUUGUGUGAAAUAUGAUAACAAAAUGUAUUACAUUUUUUAAAUACCAAA